GUUACUAUCUCAUUAUAAUGAGAUAGUAACUCAUUAUUUUGAGUUACUAUCUCAUUAUAAUGAGAUAGUCUACACAGGCUCAGGACAUUUGGAGACUGUGGAGGUUGAAGCCCCAUUUCGAAUUGGUUCAGUCCACCUGUAGCGGUUUGACUGUACCGUCAGUCGCGCCUGCCGCCUGCAAGCACCCAGCUAAACAUAGCUGUUCACAACGUGCAGGUUGUUUCAGAAAGACAGAAGACUUGAUGGUGUGGAGCACCUGCAGUUUCACUGGCCUUGUCUGAUCACACAAGAGUGUAUGAUCACAGAAUGGAUGACCUGAGUGAUUUCCUGAGGCAAAGGAAUAUUCCAGAGGAAACUAUCGAGACCAUGCUGAGAGAGAAGAUUGAUACCAACAUCAUCCAGCUCAUGACAGAUGAAGAGCUAAAGAAUUAUUUGCCAUCAUAUGGAGACCGCAUAGCCCUAUCAGGAUACUGUAGAAGGAAGGAAAAUGGCCCCCCAAGCCGUCGCAAAUCAAAACUGUUUGAGCGCCUGAAAUCAAAGCUGGGUAAAAGAAAAACUGCUCAUGAAGAUGGCUGUGGUAUGGAAAAAGAAGAGCAAUCUGAAACAACUGUAAAGAAGAAUGCUCUGAAGUCAAAGAGAAAAAUAGAAAUAGGCUGGCUGCUUUAUGAUGAAGAACAACAGGCUUUUAAACAAGUAAGCGCAAGAAGAGGUGGUGGAACAAGGAAGGUCGAUGUAUCAAAGGAUGCUAAAAAAAGUGAGAUAAUCCAGAUGGCUAUUGGCCUCUUCUUUCCAAAUGGAAGAAAUAGAGAAGGGUCCAUAGCAGAUUUUGAAAUGGAUCUAAAAGAUUAUCAGGAAGUGGCAAUUGAUGACAAAAUCACUGUUGGACAAAUGUUUCAUGUUACAAAACUGACUAUUCUCAGGUUUUACCUGACCACCCAUAAAAAGAAGGCUAACCAGUCAGUCAGUCAAGAUGAAGUUUUGUCUUCAUCAUUUUUUCAGGAUCAAGACAGUUCUCCGAGUCAGCCCUCCUCUUCAUCUGCUGUAAAUGUUGCAGUGACCAGCCAAUCUACAAUAUCCACAGAAGUAACUUCUGACUUCCUAUUUGUUGGAAACAUAACAAAUCAUGAGAAUAUUAACUUUUCACUUCAUUCUACAGAGCUUAGGGAGGAGGAUUUGGAUAGCAGUAACAUAGUGUUUCUAGGACCGUUUUCUGACAGUGAGCCACAGAUUUUGGAUGAUACUUUGCCAAUAUCCCCUCAAUCCACAUCAUCCUCCAAGGCAGUGAAGAAGAUACUGAUAGUUCACAGAGGACAGGUACUUCCUGAGCUCAUAGCACAUUUCUGUGAUGACGGACUUUUAGAUAAAGAUUUCAAAAUCCAGCUUGUACUGCCAGAUGGAACACCUGAGAUGGGUUAUGAUGACGGAGGAGUCGUUAGAGACUGUCUUUCUGAAUUCUGGAAAGAUUUCUAUGACCAGUGUACUACAGGAAACACUUAUAAAGUGCCUUUUCUGAGACAUGAUUAUGGACAGCAGCAGUGGGAGAGUGUAGGCCGAAUAAUUGCUUUUGGAUGGACAAGAGAGAAAUAUCUUCCUAUGAAGAUUGCACCUGUCAUACUAGAGCAAGCAGCCUUUGGACAGGUUAAAAGUGAGGUGGUGGAGAAUUUCCUUAAGUGCAUGUCUGAAUCUGAGCGCUUUGUGUUUCAGUCAUGGCAGUCAGACUUCAGCAGUGUUGACAAAGAGGAAUUGAUAGAGAUUCUUGAUAACCGCAGUUGCAGACGAAUGCCCACUGCCAGCAAUGUAAACGAAAUCCUCCAGGAGCUUGCACACAAAACACUUGUCCAAGAGCCUGCUUAUGUUAUUGAACAGUGGGCCAAAACACUCAGUAUCAUCGGGAACAGCUUCCAGGACCUUUCUUCAGUGUGUGAAAACUUGCAACCAAAUGCAAGAAAAGUUUUGAAGUCCAUUGUCUUUCCUGAGGAAAUGAAUGUCCAUCAGAAGGACAUUCAAAAGUACGUUAGCACGUAUAUCAGGAAUGCAGAUUUGCAGCAUCUGUCCUUGUUUCUAAGGUUCUGCACAGGUUCAGACCUGUUCCUGGAUAAGAACAUUCUUAUUGAUUUCACAAAGAUUCAAGGGUUUCUCAGAAGACCUGUGGCUCACACAUGUGGCUGUGUCCUUGAGCUGUCAAUCUAUUAUGAUAGCUAUCCAGAUUUCAGUGCUGAAAUGAACAAGGUUUUGGAGUCUAAUGUAUGGGUCAUGGACAUUAUUUAGUUUUGAAAGUGGUGGAGGUAGAGGG